CCGACCCGAGAGAGAGAGAGCGUGUGCGUGUGUAUGUGAGAGAUAGAGAUAGAGAGAAAGAGAGAGAGAGAGAGUGGUGUGUAAGGAGUAACACAGAGACACACACACACUCGGCAGCGUCCUCCGGAGUGUUUUGUGACUUCCCCGCCGACGCCAUGGCCGUCUAGGUCUCAUGGAGCGCCCUACCGACUUCGGAACACUGAUGGUUACCAAACGCAAGGCACUAUCUUCCGUGAGGGGUAGGUCAAGGACUGUGAAGAAUGGGCCAGUGACGAAGAGUCUCGGGGAGGACGCCAAGGCAGCCCUCGUCUCGAUCAUCUGCAACUACACGGGAGGCUACCUUUUCAACGGCUAUCACCACUCCCUCAAGCACCCGGCCAUGAAGAACGGCCUCAACGGCGCGACGAAGGGCAGCAACGGCAUCAGCCUCGCUCACAAGGGGUCCCUCCUGGACUACGUGAAGACGAACGGCAAAGUGAAGAACGAACCGGUGUCUCCGGUCAAGAAAAUCAAGAAGAGAGUCUCCUUUGGCCCAAGCACCGUCAAAAUCUUCAGCGAACUGGAUUACUUCUCGGGAGAGAAGGCGAUGCUGCAAGAGAUUGCCAGGAAGCAACGUAUUCGCGACAUCAAGAAAUCCCUGAGGAACAACCACAAGAAAGACGACAACGUCGUCACCGUCAAGGGCAGGAGAUCAUCUUUCUGCCAGGCCAAAACACAGAUUAGACAGCAAUCACCCAUCAAGAACAAGAAAACAACUCUGAAGAAACCCCUGAACCUACAUAGUCCUAAUCAUGUUGAAAAUAAUGUUUCUGAGAAAGAUAAAAAGGAACAGACUAGUACAAAGUCAGGCAAGGAUGAUGGAAAAUCAAACGAGAAGAACCAGCGAGAUCAAACUGUGCAUCUCACAGAGCAGAGUGAGAUACCCAAAAAGCAUCAGGAUGGUACAAAAGACAAGGCUAAGCACUCUGACACAUCAAAAUCACAAAGCAGUGAUGGAAGAGACUCUCAUCAGGAGAGUGGGACGCUAAGUGUGUCAGGGAACAGUUUUCAGGACAGAAGGGACGACGCAACACAGAAAAUGCCAGCUCAGGGAAGUGAUAAACCACUAAAUGACUCCACCACAAGCACCAACAAAGUUUGCAACUCUUACAAAACCAGUUUGGUAAUGGUGAGACUUCAAAAAGUGACAAUGAGUCAGUGUAAUGAUGCCUGCAAAGUCUUAGCCGACCUGCCGUCUAAAGCUAUAGUGGAAAGGAAAGAAGAGGCACCUCAACUUCCGAGUACACUGAGCACAGCCGAAGAGGCACCUCAACUUCCGAGUACACCGAGCACAGUCUUAAGUAAGAAAAGAACAAGAGGAAGGCCGCGAAAGGAAUUUCGACAAGAGCGAGUAAGAAAGUACAGUAGCAGAGGAAGACCUCGAAAAGGUAGCGUACCUGAACUGAAAUUCUGCACAUCAUUGAACGAGAGUUCCAGUGUGUGUUUGAAGACAGAGGUUAAACAGUGUCCAAGUAGACCAUGCCUGAGCAGGCUUUGCAAAGAAGACAAGGAUAAGACACAAUCAGCUGCCGAGGAAAACUGCAAGACGAGUGAUAUGACAUCCAAAAAUCCCAAAGAUGUCUCACAGCUGGCGCCCAAAAGUUCUGUGAAUAAAAUACAUUCAAAGUCCACCAGUCUUGGCAAGCGGGUCAGUUCCAAGCCAUCUGACCCAUGUAAGAAAAUCCCUGGCAAAAAGAUAAGUCCAAAGACUUCCAAGCACUGUCAGAAAAAGGCUGCAACUUCAAGCAAAUCCAGUAAGAAGAAUGAUACAAAGGACAAGGGCAAUGCCAGAAAAACUACCCAGAAAGCCGAUAGGAAACGCAAGGCACCGGAGACCGCCAAGCUGGGUGUCAAAGCCAAGAAAGCAAAGUACAAAGAGAAAUCACAAAAGACAACACUGCAGAAGAAAAAGAAGGAAGAGGAUCCAGACUGGAAGAUGAACAGUAAAAAGAACGCCAAAAAGCUCAUUAAGAAAACUCCCAAGAAACUGAAGAAGGUCAAGAAGUCUCACAUAGCUGCGCUCAGAGACAAAGCAAAGGUGGAGAAGAUUCUCAAGAGUUAUGUGGAGGCCUACAAGCAAGGUAAGAAGAACCUGCUCUACAAGCUCUUGAAGAACGGUUUACACUUGAACAAUAAGAAGUUGAACAAAGGUCUCUGCUUGAAGGAUAAGAAACUGCUCAAGAACGGGCUACUCUUGGCGAACAAGAAGAAGGCGAAAGUCGUCAAGAAGACGAAGUAGUGAGAUUCUGCUGAUGUACACCUAUACCCUCGUAGAUGGACGUUUAAAAAAUACGAGACUCAGUAGUGCCCAGUCCUCCAUUACAUGACUAAGGAUAAGAAGAAGAAAGCAGGAUUGAUAGAUGUAUCCUGGAAAACAAGUGAUUUCCCUAAUCAUCAUCGUUGGUUAGUGAGUGACCUAGCCAGGAAACAUAGUUCAAAUUUUACAGUACAAAAGGCUGUGAAUUUCAUGUAUAGCUUUUCUCAGAGGUACUGUAGAAUCACUGAACCUUUUCUGAAUUUUCUCGGUGUGUGAAAGUGUGACUGUUGAGUCCCAUUUUCAGUCCCGUUUCCCUUCAGUUGAACUGUAAAUAGUUAGUGUUAUCUCUGUAUAUUUCUGUAAAUAGCUGAUUCACACUACUUCAAGAAAGAUCAGUUGGGAGGGAUUGGUACCAACAGUGACAUCAAGCAUCCUAGGACAAUCUGGAUUAACAAUCCUAGUGCACAGAUCUCAAGCUAGUGGAUCCAGGAGCCCCAUGUGAUAUAAGAAGAAGAAGAAGAAAUGGUAUUUAUGUCUUCUUGUAACAUAGUUUCUUACUUUCUUACCUUUUUUAGUGGUAUUUAUGACCCAAACUGAAAGAUCUCAGUGAGGAAGUGUCUGACCAUAGCUCCUGGUCAGCGAAUGUCUACUGCUGUGCGAUGGUUGGUUUCAACUAGCAGCAUGAGAGAGGGUGUCCUACCUGAUGUGAACUUUUGAUAGGUAUAGUUGUGUGUACAGGCAGUCCCCAGGUUACAUCGGGGGUCUGUUCCGGUUGUGACCCGGAAGAUGAUGUAACCCGGAACGUCGCAAGAAAAAUGUAGGAAGAUGAGAAAUAGUGAUGAAAACCUUACCUUUAGUCCUCUGGGUGUAGCUAUACAGUAUACUGUACAGUACUUCACUUGCAUUCGGAUGUAGUGUGCAUCCAAAAACCUCCAAAUUUGGACUGUAUAUUGUAGCUGUAUGUACUUUUACUGUUCCAUCCAUCGCGGCAGAAGACGAUGACGUAAUGUCGGAACAACCACUGUAACCGGAACGACAUAACUCAAGUCUGACGUAACCGGGGGACUGCCUGUAUGUGUAAAUGGGAGUGACAUGGUACAAUGGAGUUCAAAAUUGUGUAGUAGACACCCAGUGAAGGUAGGGACACCUUUCCGAGAGUGUUCAAACAGACUGGUGAGUGUGGCUGUCCAUUCAGUAGCAUCUGGACAGCAUAGGUGUGUGUGUGUGUGUGUGUGUGUGAACUACGAAAGGAAAGUACAACACUUUACACAUAGAAUGCCAGUUCUGUGGCAUAUUAGAGAAGUUCUUGGUGCGCAUGCACAGAGAGGCAUUUACAAGGUGGGGAACUUGCUGCCUCUAUAAAAAAAAAAAAAAUGUAAACAAAAAAAUGUUCCAUUAAGUACAAAUUCGAACGUUUGUAUCGAAAGCCCCAUUUGUAAUUAUGGUACAAGAAAAGUGCAUUAAAUGCAAUAUAACAAACCUGUAAAAGGUACAAUAUCCUGUAUAGAAGAGAUUUGAAACGCACUCUGGAAAUUUUAACUCUAAAUAUGUGGAAGAAAACUUUUCAUUUAAAAAUUUUCACUACAAAGAAUUCAACAGAAUAUUGUAUCAUUUUAUAAAUUUAAAAAAAGGUCUAUCAGUUUCAGCUUGUGUGCGUCGAAGAGGGAUGGCAUCACUUGAUAUGGCAAAUGAAUACUGAAUAUAUUUGCUGAUAAAUUCAUAAUAAUUUACCCGGAUAAAAAUUCUUAAAUUGUAGACCAUUUGAACCUCUCAAAUGUUACAGUAACAUUUAGAAGUCUAAAUAUUUAAAUAAGAUGACCUGACCCGACCUUUUCCAACCACACGAACUGACGAGGUCACACGACCCUCAACUGAUGACCUUAGUGGGCCACCGAACUCGGUGACCCACUUUUGUACAUACAUUCUCAGAGUAGCAAAACGUAAAUACUUGACAAAACUUAUGCUAUGAUAAAAAAAACAUUUUACAUGAGCUGUUUUAAUUUAUUCAUUGCUUCUAGUUGUUUCAAUUUUUUUUUUUGGCCAAACAUAAUUUGUAUCAGUGGUGUUUUGUGAUUGAUACUGUUGGAUGCAUUUGGCAAAACUUCUGUUGUCUGGAGUUGGUCCAAACUCACAUUAUUUUUUAUACUCUUAAUUCAGAGAAGUUAAGAACAAUAAAAAUAAAUUAAAAUGUCAUACACACACAUACACACACACACACAGAUGCCAUAGCCUACACACAAGAAUUAUGCACAUACAUAAUAUUCAUUUGUACCGGACUGCAUCUAAUAUCUUUAAGUUUGUACUGUGUGUCCUUGACUUAUGGUGCCAACGACUUAUGACAAUUCGAUCGUAUGUCGUUUUAUAGCGCCGUAACUUGACGUUGCAUCAAGUUACGGCACCGUAAGGCUAACGUCAGGAACUGGUAUCAACUUACGGUGCCGUAACUCGAGUUACCUCGCUGUGAGUCCUGUUACAGUGCCGUUAACGGUGAUAACCCGACUUACAGCAGGCCUCAACUUACGGCGGAAGCCUAGGACGCACCGUACAUCUUAUCUUCUCAUUCUGAUACAAAUUUUUUGGUCGGACAAGGCCAAAAUUUCACUCGACAUUCAUAAAUAUAUAAAUACUAAAAAUUGCGCAAAAUUCAAUUCGUUGUGGUAUUAUUCCUUGGCAAUUUUAAUGAAGAAAUUCAAAACCUGAUGUGGGUUUGAGCAACCAUACACAAUCAACUUAUUCAAUUUUCAGAGCAAUUUGAAAUCAUGAAUAUUUAUGAGACAAAAAUUUGCCAAGAGAAAAUAUUCAUGCUUAUUUUGGACCAACCUCCAACAUUAAUGUUUUUGAAAUUUGUAAUAUACUUUUAAGCAAAAUUGAAUUAUCUUUUAUUUAAAGAAUAAAGUUUUGCCAAGACAACAGUUUUGACCAAUUUUGGUGAAAAAAAAAUUAUCUAUUAUUUAUUUUCCCUUUGAAAUCACAUUGAUUUGUAAGGGAACUAUAUAUUUUUAAAUUGCUUAUUAUAGAAUAUAUUGUUAUAGGAGUUCAAUGAAGUGUAGAUUUCAUUUUCUAGAAUAGACAGGUGGUCGAGACCAGCUUAUUUAAAAAUGCAAAAAAAAAACUUAAUGAUAGUUAUAAUAAUAAUAAUAACAACAAUAAAUAAAGUAUAUGAACACCAACAAUAUUUGUAAAACAGUUUAAAAACUAUUGGUUUAUGUCAGUUAUCAAAACCAACUGUAUUUAUAAAAGUUUAAAAAUAAUAUUGGUUUAUGUCAGUUAUCAAAAUCAACUGUAUUUGUAAAACAGUUCAAAAACUAUUGGUUUUAUGUCAGUUAUUAAAACCAAAUGUAUUUGUAAAACAGUUUAAAAAUAAUGUUGGUUUAUGUCAGUUAUCAAAAUCUGUAUUUGUAAAACAUUUGAAAAACUCUAUUGGUUUAUGUCAGUUAUCAAAAUCUACUGUAUUUGUAAAACAUUUGAAAGACUCAUUGGUUUAUGUCAGUUAUCAAAACCAACUAUUUGUAAAACAGUUUAAAAACCAAUAAUGGCUAUGUCAGCCAUCCUAUACUAUAACAACACUGUUACUGACACAAUGACGAAUUCUUUAACCAAUUAAGAGCAAAAAAAAAGUCCACAAAUAAUUUCAUUAUAUAUCAGUCUGUGCAAGUUGGACCCAAAUGAAAAUGUCAAAUUUAUUUUAAAAUGUUUUCUGCCGAUUACUCGCGAAAUAUGUCGUCUUGGCCACUCGAUUUGUUUUUCCAUAUGUAUUCAUCUCAGUUUCGUAUUUGUUGAUUACAACAAUAAAAAAAAAUCCUUGUUUUU